AUGUCGCAGCAUCCCCCCGCGCCCUCAAUAGGCGGUCCGCCUCACACCCAGCAAUGGCCUCGCUCGCAUAUUUUUCCGUCGACUUCCAUGCCAUCUUCACUUGCUCCCCAUCUACCCUUCAGUCAAGAUAUCUUAUCGGCUCAGCAGCCACAAGACAACGGCAACCAACCCUUCAACUAUAACGGCUUGACCAACCUCAAUAUGACUUCGAAUCUUCCUGGUUUAGGAGGUCCUGUAGCCGGAUUACCUCUACCACCACCGCCUUUUCCCUUCAUGGGCCCGUUCACGCCGCCACAGUUUCACCCUCAUUCGUUCCCACCCAUCCAGAUGCCUCCGUUGAGAUACCCGCCAUUGCCGAUUCCUGCAGCCAACGUCCAAGCGCCGAGUCGCCCCUCAUCGGGUGAUCUUCGUUCGCAAGCAAAUUCGAUGUCCAUGAAUGGUGCUGACUCUCGAGCCACCACAACACCGAGUACGCGGAAAGAUUAUGAUCGAGAAGAAGGUGAACUUACCGAUAUGGAAGUGGCCAUGCCGACGAGCUCAGAGAACGCAGGCUUGUCCGGAACCCGAGCCGAUGCAAGACCGUCAACUCUGAUGCAGCAAACUGGGUACGCGACUGGCACUUACAACGCUACGACAGUGGUUGAGAACAAGGAAUCCAGAAGGAGCCCCGCGGCGAAAAGUCGCGACGCGUCCACCUUGGACCUCGAAGAAGGCGAGGCAUCCUCAACUGGGUCACACAUAUCCGCCAGGGAAUCUGAGUCACCGUAUGAUCCUCCAGGUUCUGUCAACCCUGAGCCAUUUGUGUCGAACGGUGCUCUUGGCACUUCACCCCACGAAGAUAGAUCUUUCGCACUUACAAAAGAUGUGUCAGCAUCGCACGGAAGCGGGAAAUCAGUGGCACAGCUUCGAAUUCAAGCACAAGGCGCGCUUCUACGCUUAGCACCCCACAACAUUCGUUACAGUGAGUUGGUAGGAGAGGGGAUCAACCCGGCUGUACUUAGGCAGCUCUAUGAAGAAGUUGGAAUCAGAGUCCCUACACCACAGCUAGAGGGUGUAUCUCCAACUAUCAAUCCGCCUACCAAGCCCGUUGACGUGCCAGUAAAACCAACUGGUGCGGUUCUUGACUCGAGUUCGAGCAGCAAUGUUGAGAAUGGACCUGCUCCUGUGACCUUUGAUCACUCUAAACGAGAAACUGAAAUUCAAGUGGCAGCAGCGGCGGCAAACACGCCUGCCCCUGUUUCUACCUCAACUACCCAGCCCAGCACCACUGCCAAACCAUUAGAAAGAAAGGAGGUCAUUGCGCGUAUGCUUGCUGCGAAAGCUGCCAAGGUUUCCGGAACGCCUUCAACCCCUCAGACUGACUCUGCAAAAGAAGAGCCAUCAUCUGAAAGCCCGGUGUCUGCCCUCGUUGGCAAAGGCGCGCCUGCGAGUUCCGGGCGUGAAACCCCUGCUAAGGACAAGGACAUACGCACAAGAGAGAAGAAUAAGGCGAAAACUGAACUAGCCCGACAGCGAAUCGAGCAGCUCAAGAAGCAGGGUUUGGUGAGAAGUCAGCAAAAAGCGCAAAUAGAUUCUUUGCGUCAUGAAGAGGUACCGCAAAGCAACGGAAGCAGCCCCGCCCCCGUCUCUCAAGCAUCCCACACCCCGAUGAUUCAACAUCCAUUGCCUGAUAGACCUCCUGACCCAGAGUCCACUGCUCCCUCGCGUAUUCCUGGGCUGUUCAUGACAGACUCAUCAGAGCCGUCUGUUACACGCGUUCGUGGCUUGAUUGUUGAUUCGACGCCACAGCCCCAUGUCAAUCAACGCAAGCGUCCAAGAGCAUCUGAUUUUGACGAACCUUCACUUACACCGAAGAGGUCCCAUAACGGAGUAAACCACAAUGCUUCAGAGGAUAGACUGAUCAUUGAUAUCAGCGAUGAUGAGUUUUAUGGAGAUGACGAAAACGAGGAAAUGGAGAUCGAGCCCGCCGGGAAGACAUCGCUGGAAGGCGGCUCAGUGAGUCCUGAAGGUUUGUCCGGAACAGUUCCUUCAUCGGCCGACUUUCUUCCUCAACGGUCGGUUGCGUCAAGUCAGGGAAUAUCCGCCUCUGUUACACCCCAAAAUCACAGAAAUCAUGAUCAAGAAGACCUUCGGAAGAAGGAUCUCGAAAUACAGGCAAUGCAUCGGCGAAUCGCUGAACUUGAGCAACGGAAGAAGGCGAAGCUUGCAGCGAGUCGCACACAAUCGCCUCGUCCUUCAGAAAUAGCGGUUUCAUCUCCUGCAAUCAACCCAGCUUCAGUUGAUCAAGGACAUCAAACUACCAAUGUCAUCUCGGAGCCUGUGGCACAUAAGUUACCUCCUCAAGUGGCUCUCUUGGAGGCUGAUACCGAAGCCAUUCUUUCAGUUCCGGCAAAUAAUUCAGAUAACCCCGAUAAUCUUUCAUCGGAAUCAAUCGCGCGGAUUUCGGCCCUCAAGGACGCCGACCACCUUGACGAGAUGCGCUCUAAAUUGUUGCGUAAGAAGGAAAUUGAAUUAGGUGUUCCCGCUCUGGAUGCCGAGAUUCAAAAGUCUGAAGCCCGGCUUGCUGAAGUCAAAGUAGAAGAGCAAAACCUUCUGCGUGAUAUUGCCAAGGGGAAGGAAGGGAGACAACGACUUCUAGAGGAGCUGCAUAGUCUCAACCUGGAGUUGAAAGGUCUCACUCUAGAAGAGCUGGAAAUAGCUCAACGUACGUUGGAUGCAAAGGAACAAGUCCAAGCAUCAGACCCAGAUCCUCAAAGAGCGGCAAGGUAUGGCUCCGCGUUGCCAGACGUCCCCGCUGCCGAGGCGCGAAGUCAAGGAGCGGCAUGUCCGGUUCCAGGAUCUCCGGUUUCCCGUCUAGCAUCUGAGGCGGGACCCUCUGCUACUUCAGAUCUUUCUAUGGACGCGGAUGAGUCUGGCGAUGCUGUGGACCUUGCAAACGAUGCAGCCUCUUCUUCCCCAUCAGAAUCUAUAGGCUCCGCGAUGGAUGAGUCCGCUGAUUCCAGUGAAGACUCUGUGCCAGCCGAUCGCGAAGAGCCCAUGGAAUGCGAAACACCCACGCCGGAGCCUAGUGUGCAUGAAGCUUUGAGCGGCAUCCCAGCCACAGAUCGGAAGACUGUGGAGGACGAGAUAACUCCUGACCACGCUCUUCCGGAACGGCAGCACAUUCCGCAUGCUCCUGAGAACGCAGGGGAUGUAUUCCCCCCCAAUGCGGAUGAAGUUCAAGAACUCGAAAAACAAGUCUCUCGCGGAUCUUCCAUCUCCGACGCGUACGAGCCACCAGAGCCCGAAGCGGAUAGCAGCCCUGCCGAUUCCGUCUAUACUCCCCCUUUCAGUCCCGUUUCUCUUGCUUCCGUAAAGUCUGCAGAGGUUUCUCGGGUCGAGAGAGCUGAUAUGCCGCUAAUGGGAAAGGUUCAGGAACUGGAAGUUCAAACAAAAGCCAGCUCCCCGCAUGGGCUCUCGAAUAAUGAACCCCAGAAGGAGAAAGCUCCCAGAUUCACACCCUACAUUAGCCCAUUGAGAUGGUUCAAGGCUUACCGCUACCACCCUAGAUUCGCUGAAAAUGUCUCGGGCGGCUUUCGAUCCCUAACAUACAGCCACAACAUCGAUUCUGAUAAAUAUCUCUGUCCCUACGAAGCUACUGGCGGUGUCUGCAAUGACCGGUCAUGCGACCUCCAGCAUUUUCGUGACAUGACUCUUAGCGAUGACAAGAUCCUUGUCCAGAUGGGAUCCCUUCGAKAAGGCAAAACGCCUGAAGAGAAGGACCAAUAUAUCGCCGGGUUGAAACAAAUCAUCAAUGAAAUGCGGCGCGACAAGGUGAAAGAUUUCAAUACCGUGGCCACGGAAAUUGCUGCAUACCGUAGACGCUUCCUCCAAGAUCCAUCACGUGUCUUGCCCUUGUAG